AUUUUGUGGAAGUGUUGGAAAAGUCAAAAUACAAUCUUUGAAACAAAAACUGAGAUAUUAAUGUAACACAACAGGGCCGGGUGACUAAAGUGUGAUUCUUCAGGACUCAACUGUGACUUUUGAAUCCUGUACUAAUAUUCAACGAUGGAGACUCCUGAUCUUGACACUGAUAAAAAAUGUAAACUCCAGGAGGAGAGAUCAGAAUCAGCAGCACCCAGCUGUAUCUCCGGAAAGAGUAAUCAGUCUGUGGUUCAUCCUGAGAAGUUUAAAGCUGGAGACUCCUCACCUCUACACAGUGAACUCCAGGGAGAGAGAUCAGGAUCAGCAGCACCCAGCUGUGUCUCCAUGAAGAGUGAUGUGUCGAUGGAUCAUCCUAUUGAGUUUAAAGCUGGAGACUCCUCACCUCUACACAGUGAUCCACAGAAGGCAGAAGACAGAAUAUCAAAGAGCAUCAUCACAGAUACAGGGCACGACCCAGAAUCUGCUGCUGUAAAUGAAUGCCAGAAAAUUUUUAAAUUAAAUCUGAUUAAGAAGUUUCAGUUCUUGGAUGGAGUGGUAAUAAACCUGAGAACCCAAACACUCCUGAAUGUGAUCUAUACAGAGCUUUACAUCACAGAGGGAGACAGUGGAGAAGUCAAUAAUGAACAUGAGGUGAGAGAAAUCAAAGCAUCGUUCACAAGAAUAACAACAGAGGAAACACCAAUCAAAUGCAAUGACAUCUUUAAGCCCUUAUCUGAACAAGACGAACCCAUCAGAUCUGUGCUGACAAAGGGAGUCGCUGGCAUCGGAAAAACUGUCUCUGUGCAAAAGUUCAUUCUGGACUGGGCUGAAGGGAAAGAAAAUCAGGACGUCCAACUCAUAUUUCCACUUCCUUUCAGAGAGCUGAAUUUGAUGAAAGACCGGAAACUGAGUUUGAUGGAGCUCCUUCACGUCUUUUUUAAAGAAACAAAAGACACCGAAAUGUUCAAUUGGGAAAAGGUUCUGUUUAUUUUUGAUGGAUUGGACGAGUGUCGUUUUCCCCUAGAUUUCCAGAACACAGUGAGAGUGUGUGAUGUAACUGAAGCUGCAUCAGUGCCUGUGCUCCUGAUAAACCUGAUCAAAGGGAAUCUGCUUUCCUCUGCUUUCAUCUGGAUCACCUCCCGACCUGCAGCAGCUGAUCAAAUCCCCUCUAAAUGUGUCCAUCGAGUCACAGAGGUACGAGGGUUCAAUGACCCACAGAAGGAGGAGUACUUCAGGAAGAGGAUCAGUGAUCAGAGCCUGGCCAAUAACAUCAUCACACACCUGAAGUCAUUAAGGAGCCUCUACAUCAUGUGUCACAUCCCAGUUUUCGGCUACAUUUCAGCCACUGUUUUAGAGAGAAUGUUUGAUGAAGCAGAGAGUGGAGAGAUCCCCAAGACUCUGACUCAAAUGUACACACACUUCCUCAUCAUUCAAAUAAACAUAAUAAGAGAAAAGUACUCAAAGAAGCAGGAGAGUGAUGAAGAAAUGCUUCUUAAACUGGGACAACUGGCUUUUAAGCAGCUGGAGAAAGGGAACCUGAUCUUCUAUGAGGAAGACCUGAGAGAGUGUGGCAUUGAUGUGAGAGAAGCAGCAGUGUACUCAGGUGUGUGUACACAGAUCUUCAGAGAGGAGAUUGGGCUUCAGAGUAAAGUGUACUGCUUUGUUCAUCUGAGUGUUCAGGAAUACCUCGCAGCUCUGUAUGUGCACCUGAUGUUCAUGAUAGACAAUAAAAAUGUUCUAAAAAAGAGUCAGGCUUCAGAACAGAAAAAUAAAAAAAUUACAGUUUUAGAUUUCCACAAAUGUGCUGUAGAUGAAGCUUUAAAAAGUCAGACUGGACAUCUGGAUCUUUUCCUUCGCUUUUUUCUGGGUCUUUCACUGGACUCUAAUCAGAAACUCUUACAGGUCUUAGUAACAUGGACAGAAAAAAGCUCCCGGAGCACAAAGGAAACAGUUCAGUACAUUAAGAGGAAGAUCAGUGAAGAGCAUUCUACAGAGAAAUCCAUCAAUCUGUUCCACUGUCUGAAUGAACUGGGUGAUAAUUCUCUAGAGGAAGAAAUCCAACGCUACAUGAACUCUGGAAAACAAAAGAAACUCUCUUCAUCACAGUGGUCUGCUCUAGUGUUUGUUUUACUGACAUCAGCACAGAAGCUGGAAGAAUUUGACCUGAAUAAAUAUAUUAGUCCAGAUAAGAUAACAGAAGCUGUUCUUUUGAAGGUGAUCCCUGUGAUUGCAGCAUUCAGAAAAGCAAUUAUCAGGUGUGAUAAAGUUGGAGUAAAAAAUUGGUCAGGCUUGGUCUCAACACUUUACUCAGAAACCUCCAAUUUGAGAGAGCUGCAUUUGACUGUGAAAACACUAGAUCUGUCCAACAAUCCACUAGGAGACUCAGGAGUAAAGACUCUCUCUACUGUACUGGAGAACUCUCACAGUAAAGUGGAAAGUCUAAGGUUGUAUAAGUGUGGUAUCUCAAAUAAGGGCUGUGCUGCUCUAACUUCAGCUCUGAGAUCAAACCCCUCACACCUGAGAGAACUGGAUCUGUCCUGGAAUAAUCUAGGAGACUCAGGAGUGAAGUGUCUUUGUGCUAUACUGAAGAAUCCUCUCUGUAAACUGGAGACACUGAGGUUGUGGGAUUGUGGUGUCUCAGAUGAAGGCUGUGCUGCUCUGACUUCAGCUCUGAGAUCAAACCCCUCACACCUAAGAUACCUGGAUCUGUCCUGGAAUAAAGUGGGAGACUCAGGAGUGAAGUGUCUUUGUGCUGUAUUGAAGAAUUCUUUCUGUAAACUGGAGACACUGAGGUUGUGUGGUUGUGAUGUCUCAGAUGAAGGCUGUGCUGAUCUGACUUCAGCUCUGAGAUCAAACCCCUCACACCUGAGAGAACUGAAUCUGACUAAUAAUAAUGUAGGAGACUCAGGAGUAAGGUGUCUCUGUGCUGUACUGGAGAAUCCUCACUGUAAACUGGAGACACUGAGGUUGAAGAGUUGUGGUGUCUCAGAUGAAGGCUGUGCCGCUCUGACUUCAGCUCUGAGAUCAAACCCCUCACACCUGAGAGAACUGAAUCUGUCCUUGAAUAUAGUAGGAGACUCAGGAGUGAAGUGUCUCUCUGCUGUACUGGAGAAUCCUCUCUGUAAACUGGAGAAACUGAGGUUGUGUGGUUGUGGUAUUUUAGAUGAAGGCUGUGCUGCUCUGACUUUAGCUCUGAGAUCAAACCCCUCACACCUGAGAGACCUGGAUCUGUCUGAGAAUAAAAUAGGAGCCUCAGCAAAGAAGCUGCUCUCUGCUCUUAAGGAGGAUGAACAUUACAAACUACAGACACUGUGGCAGGAGAUGGAGUCAGACAGAUUCUACAAAAUGUCACAAAUAAAUGCAUGAGAGUGAUUGUAAUGAACAUCUCGUCAUCUCUGCUUUUCACUGUCUCUGGAAGCAAACUUAAUUCUCAAUGGUCAUAUAUGAUCACUAAAAUGAUCGUUUAUGCUACAAAUAUUGUAUUUAAGCAGCCACUUUCCUCACUCUGACACUUCUUCCAGCACCCGACCUCCACACCGUGUCUUCUGUCAUUCCUGUAAAAUUCACCUCAGCUUGUUCUUAAAGUCUGCACUUAAAUCUAAAUGUAGAACAAGAGCUAAAUGACUCAGUAGUGUUGAUUAUUUAAAAAGCUCCAAAGCCUGUGAUUGGAUAAGAGCAGUGAUGUGAUGAGUAAAUAUCUGCUCAUGUUCCUGUUAUAACACAGAUGUUACUAAGAAUGAAGAAAUGUUGAAUGAUUAAUUAUAAACAUUAGAUGAUGAUGUAUGCUGUUGAUCAUGAAGUACCACAGUCCAGUUUAUGGUUAUUAAUACACAUUUAAUAUCCAGAGUGUGAUGAGCAUAUUUGGGUGUUCCUGCAUGUGGGCAUGCCUUAAAAACACAUCAUUUGUUUAGGUACUGUAUAACACAUUAAACAGACACAGAGAUGAGUGAACAAAAACAAGUGGAGUGACACAAGUCAUCAAAUCUGCUAGGUCUGUUAUGAGAUAUAGGAAGCAUUAGCCUUGUUGGCGUCACUGCUUGUCCAAACAAAUUCAUGACCCCAAAUUUAUUGUUGUAUAAUGCAGGUUUGACAUCUUGUGAGAUUAUUCUGUGUUUGUAAUUAGUAUUUUUUUUAAUACUGUAAUAUUUUCUCAUUUUUCUUGCAUGUAUAUUGUAGCUGUUUUGUUGGAUACACAAUUAAAAUUACAUUGUAUUUAACUGCUUACAUUGACCUGAAUAAAUUAAUAAACAUUUGAGAAAAACGUAAUGCAUAAAUAUGUCAGAAUUACUGUUUUAAUUUAAGUAUGUACCUGGAAUGUUGUAGUAAAAUAAUGAUAAAUGAUUAGUUCUUGAUAAAUAUUGUUACAAUACACUAAACAAAUUAUUCAAUGGUUGAAUGUAUUUCACUCUGGGCACAUUUUUUAACGUAAAAAUAUCACAAUUACCGAGUCACUUUGUCUUAUGUUUAGAUGCAAUUAAAAUGUUUAUACUAAAGGAAUCACAGUCUCAUUGAGCCAUAGUAAUUUUGUUAAAGUACAGCUACAUCACACUGAUCUAAUGUAAUACCUUAAAAUCAAACAUACUGUAAGGGACCACCCCUAGAGGGCACUGUGUGCCCCAUAAUUAUGUUUGUAUUUUUUUUUUUUUUGUAGACGCAGUUUCCCAGAGGGCACCUCGGUCAGGUGACGAGGGAGCUCACCUGAACCGAGGUAGCUCAUUAGAUUCAUUAUAAAAAGCUGUUAGUUCUGGGAAACUGCCCCAGUGUAAAAAAAUACACUUUAGUGUAUUACAAAUAUAUUGAAAUCCUCGAUAGUACAUUGUUAAUAUAUAAAAUAUAUUAACACACACAUUAAUACACAG